AUGUUAGCCCGUCUAUUUCGAAUACAAAAUCGUACUGCUAUUUACGAUCGAGCACAUCGAAUAACAGCGACAAUUUUAAUUGGUCUUACUGGUCUUGCAUUUGCUGCUGUUUGUCAUCAAUUAUAUAAAGCUAAAACCGAAUAUUUACCAGAUAUUCGUCGACGUGGUAAAGAUCGUCUUGAAACAGCACUUACUAUACGACAAAAUCAAGCUGAACUUAUUGAACAACAACAUACUCAGAAUAAAAACAAAGAAUCAAAUAUAAAAUCUAAUCAAGAUGAAGAAGAAAAUGGUCCAUCAUCAUCAAAUGAAGAUGUUAAAUUUGAUUAUCCCGAUAUUAAAUAUGAGUUUCUUGAUAAUACAGCUGAUGUACAAAUUCAUGCAUGGGGUGAUUCCCUCGAAGAAUCAUUUGAACAAGUUAUUAUGGGUAUGUUUGGAUAUAUGACUGAUAUUGAAGGUAUUGAAAAUCGUGAUAUGAAACAAAUUGAUAUUCGAGCUGAAGGUGAUUUACAAAAUUUAUUAUAUAAAUUUUUAUCUGAAUGGCUUGAAAUUUAUGGUACUGAAGAUUAUUUUGUUGCACGAAAAAUUGAAAUUAUUUUGUUUGAUCGUAAUGAAUUACGUAUUAUUGCUCGUGGUUAUGGUGAAACAUUUGAUCUAUCACGACAUACACAAGGAACUGAAGUCAAAGCGAUUACUUAUUCAAAUAUGCAAAUACAUGAAGAAGCGUCAACACAUGAUGUCUAUGUCAUUGUUGAUAUUUAA